AUGAUUGCGGUAUCGACUGUAUCCUAUAGAUUCAACGUCAAUGGGUACAAGACUGAGAUCAUGGGAGCGAGAAGGGGCCUCCGACAAGGCGACCCAAUAUCACCUAUGCUCUUUGUUAUUGUCAUGGAAUGCCUCAAUAGAUACUUGUACAAAAUGCAAAAGGAUGGAGACUUUAAUUAUCAUCCAAAAUGUGAUAAAUUGAAGAUUACAAACCUUUGUUUUGCGGAUGACUUACUGCUUUUUUCCAGGGGUGACAAGAUCUCAGUUGGUAUGAUGAUGAGGGCCUAUGAAAGUUUCUCGAAGGCAACAGGUCUGUUGGUGAAUCCACAGAAAUGCAGCCUGUUAUGUGCUGGUAUUGAUGCUGUGACCAAAAGGGAGAUUCUAGAGGUAUCGGGUUUCCAAGAAGGGCAAUUACCGUUUAAAUAUUUAGGCGUUCCGGUGACUAGUAAAAAGUUAUCUACCAUCCAUUAUUCACCUUUGAUUGAUAAAAUUGUAGGCAAAAUCAAGCACUGGACAGCACGACUCUUAUCUUAUGCAGGAAGGUUACAGCUUGUCAAUAGCGUUAUGUUUGCACUUACUAACUAUUGGCUAAACUGUUUUCCUUUUCCCAAAAGUGUGCUACAGAAAAUUGAAGCAAUCUGCCGGAUUUUCCUAUGGACCGGGGGAUUUGAAGGAAGCCGUAAAUCUCCGGUAGCUUGGAAGCAAAUCUGCAGUCCGCGAAGCUGUGGUGGUCUGAAUAUCAUUGACAUAGACAUUUGGAAUAAAGCUAACUUGAUGAAAUUACUUUGGAAUUUGAGCAGCAAAGAAGACUCCUUAUGGGUGAAGUGGAUACAAGCAUAUUAUGUAAAGAGAAGCGAGCUGAUGCAUAUUGAGAUGAAAAACACCGAUUCUUGGAUCAUGAAAGCCAUACUAAAGCAGCGAGAAGAUCUGGAAAAAAUAGACAAUAUGGAAGAACUCAUGAUACGAGGCAGCAUCAAUAUGGGUAAAUUAUAUCGUAAACUGCAAGAUUGUGGACAAAGAAAGGAAUGGAAGAAUUUGUUAUACGGAAACACCGCGAGGCCCCGUGCAAACUUUAUAUUGUGGCUUGCGUGCCAUGGUAGAUUAUCAACCAAGGAUAGAUUGUGCAAGUAUGGAAUGAUUGAUGAUAAAAGUUGUUGUUUCUGUUCAGAAGAGGAAUCGAUGAAUCAUCUAUUCUUUGUGUGUGAUAACAGUAAGCGUGUUUGGAUGGAAGUUUUACAAUGGGUGCAAAUUCGCCAUGAUCCAAGUGAUUGGCCUAAUGAAUUACAUUGGCUCACACAUCACACCAAAGGGAAAGGGACUCGAGCGGCUGUUCUCAAAAUGGCGAUUGCUGAAACCAUUUAUGAGAUUUGGAAUAUUCGGAACAACAAAAUUUUUGGCCAAGCUAUUGAUAUCAAUACAGUAGGAAAGAAAAUAAUAAAUACAUUGGUGAAUAGAGGGUGGAAUAAUAAAAGGCUUAGGAAAUAUAUAGAUAUCUUAAUGCUAGAAGGGGAUAGCAUAUAG